CAGCCAGCUUCGACACAGGCACCUCCUCCGCUCCUUUCACGCUCCCAAUAUGCUGCCUCCUAGCGCAUCCCUCCAUUCGGCCUUUAUCCUGCCACCUUCGUCAUCGACCUUCACACUCCCUUCUGCCUCCUUCUCGCCCCUUUCACCCGUCCCGGCCGCAAGCUCUCUCUCUUUCAACGCCCUCUACUUACGACGUAAGCACCAGCUCGCGCCCCUACAGCCCCAUCGCGCACGGGCUCGCCCCCUCGCCUUUUGGCAGCGACAGACAGAGGAGAGGGAAGUGGCCGAAGAGGCGGAGGAAAUGAGCGACGAUGAGAAAGAAGCAAUACGAUUGCAAAAGAUACUGGACAAGCGCCUGGUGCUGGCUGCGCAAGCUCUUCAGGAAGACUGGCCCGUGUACCUGUUCCUGAUCGGCGUCCAAGCCAUCCCUGUGCUGGCGGGCGGGCUCGUCGGAGGCAACUUCCUGUUCUUCUGGCUGACGGCCUGCACCUGCGUGUAUUUGGGCGCCAAAAGGAGCAGCGCCGUGGCUCGGGCGGGGGAGAUUUUCCAGGUCGGGGUAGCGGGUGGAGGAAGGGAACGAGGGGAGAGGGCCGGAGGAAGAGAGGGAGGGAGGAAGGCUCAGCAAGUGCAUCACCGAGGGCUGCCUGUGCGGUCACCACCCGCAACGCCUUCGCCGCCCCCAUCGCGGCCAGCUUCAGCCUCUUCGGGACCUACUACCUCCUCAAGAACCAAUUCGACAUCGCCACUGUCUACCAGGUGCCGGGACCCGCGUCCGUGCUCCCCCUCGCUUCCCCCUCCCUCCUACCCCGUCGCUCCCUUCCCCUCCACCCCAUCCCCCCUCCUUCCCUCCCUACCGCCCUCGGUACAGCUCAUGACCACCUUCUUCGGAGGCUACUGCCUGCGCGACGUACUCAUCUCCACCCUGCUGGCUCUGGGUCUCGGCGGCUCGAUCCAGUCCUUCUAUGCCCCCCCCCCCAAACCGAUCCCCGCCCGCCGCGGCCCCUUCUCCUCGCCUGCCCCUCCCCCUCCUUCUCCUCCCGCCUCCUCUUCUUCCUUCCCGCCCUUGCGAGACCCCGACGAGGGCGAGCUCGACGGCUUGAAGCUGGCCGCAACGCUGCUCUCGGGGGGCGUCUGCGCCACCUACCUGUGGGGGCCGGCGGCGGCAGUGGCGGCGGCCGGGGCAAGCGGCGGAGCCUCCGGCGCCGUAUUUCUCGGGGCCAUCAGCGCCCUCCUCGCUGCCAACUUUAUCACCAGCGGCAUUGCCCUUCAGGCGCAGGCCUCCAUCCCGAUCAAGUCCUUGAAGCCGGCGCUCAUCUUCCUGACGGGGCUCUUCCUUUACGACAUCUACUUUGUUUUCUUUUCCCCGGGAGGCGUCAUGGAGAGCGUCGCCACCAGCCUGGAGGGGCCUGUCAAGCUGCUAUCCCCGCGGGCGGCGGCUGCCACAGCCCCCGGCCAGUACCCCUUCUCCAUCCUGGGACUCGGCGACAUCGUGGUGCCGGGCCUCUUCGUCGGUCUUCUCAAGCGGAUCGAUGAAGGUCAGGACGGAUUAGGCACCAAGAACACCUUCUUUGCGGCCGGCAUGGGAGGGUACGCUCUCGGACUUCUCCUCACCUUUUCUGCGAACAUUCUCAUGCAUCGGGGCCAGCCAGCUUUACUAUACAUUGUGCCAUCCCUUAUUGCAGCAGCUUUAGGUACAGCUGCUGUGACAGGCCGAUGGGAAGAAGUGUGGACGUUCAACAGCGAAGGGGGGGAGGUAGAAGGGUCAGGGGAAGCGUAGAAAAUGAAUGACACCGGUCAGAAGAAGAGACAAUGACAAUAAAAUGUAAUGCGG